GAUAAGACAGCAUCUGCGCCUCAUGCAUGGUACCACCGGCCACAUUUCAUUUCGAUCAGACAUCAUAUGCUGUGUGUCUUAAAGCCAUCAAAUCAUACAAGAGGAAAUAGCAACAAAACCUCUGAUUAUUCUUUCCUCUUUGUCCCUAAUAAGGAAGCUUAUACUACAAAAAUGAGAAGAUAAACUUUUCAACCCACACCUUCCUCUGUGCAUUCACUGAAUCCCAUUUUGACCUGCCUUUAACCCUUUUGACACACAUCUACCCCUGCUGAGGGUUUAUAAGAUUCUCUCACCCCCAUCGGCAAAAAAGACAUUUUUCAAAUGCCCAAAAACAGCAAAACAGCCAAGAGAGAGAUUGACGAUGACGAAGUUACUGAAUCUGUCAAAGACUUACUCUCCAAUGAAGACACAUGUGAGGACUCUUUCAAGAAAAGCUCUCUGACAGUGGGAGAUGUUCCUCCGAAAAAAGAGCGCGAUGCUGAGGAGGGUUCAGAGGAGGAAGAGGAGGAAGAGGAGGAGAGGCCUGCGUGGAGCAGCAAGCUCCAGUACAUCCUUGCCCAAGUUGGCUUUUCAGUGGGUCUGGGCAACGUAUGGAGGUUUCCCUAUUUAUGCCAGAAAAAUGGCGGAGGAGCAUACCUGAUUCCAUACUUCAUUCUGCUGGUGGUGAUAGGGAUCCCCCUCUUCUUUCUUGAACUAGCAGUGGGUCAGCGUAUCCGCCGGGGCAGCAUCGGGGUGUGGAACUACAUCAGCCCACGCCUUGGCGGCAUUGGCUUCGCCAGCUGUUUGGUGUGCUUCUUUGUGGCUCUCUAUUAUAACGUCAUCAUCGGCUGGAGCCUGUUCUACUUCUCACAGUCCUUCCAACAGCCUCUUCCAUGGCAUGAAUGUCCCCUGGUCAAAAACCAAACCCACACAUAUAUCGAACCAGAGUGUGAGAAAAGCUCGGCCACUACAUUCUAUUGGUAUCGUGAGGCCCUGAACAUCUCCGACUCCAUCUCAGAGGGAGGAGGACUUAACUGGAAGAUGACUUUAUGUCUACUGUUUGCGUGGACGUUGGUUUGUCUCGCAAUGAUCAAGGGCAUCCAAUCUUCCGGAAAGGUCAUGUACUUCAGCUCUCUGUUCCCUUACUUGGUGCUUAUUUGCUUCCUGGUCCGUGCUUUCCUUCUAAAAGGCUCUGUGGACGGGAUCGCCCACAUGUUCACCCCCAAGCUGGAAAUCAUGCUGGAAACCAAAGUAUGGCGUGAAGCUGCCACACAGGUCUUUUUUGCCCUGGGUCUCGGUUUCGGUGGCGUAAUUGCUUUCUCCAGCUACAACAAGCGAGACAACAACUGCCACUUUGAUGCUGUGCUGGUCUCCUUCAUUAACUUCUUCACCUCAGUGUUGGCCACGCUGGUCGUGUUCGCCGUGCUGGGCUUCAAAGCCAACAUCAUGAACGCCAAAUGUGUGGAAAUAAACACAAAAAAGAUCGUUGAUCUCCUUGGCAAAGAAAUCAAACACAGUUUGAUCCCACACCAUAUUAACUUCAGCGAUGUUACCCCUGAGGACUACCAGCAAAUGACCACUAUUAUCCGGGGUGUGAUGGAAAACGAUUACCCACGCCUAGGUUUAGCCAACUGCGACAUCAAAGAGGAGCUUAACAAGGCAGUUCAGGGUACAGGAUUGGCCUUCAUCGCCUUCACUGAAGCUAUGACCCAUUUCCCAGCUUCACCUUUUUGGUCUGUCAUGUUCUUUCUUAUGUUGGUUAAUCUGGGACUGGGCAGCAUGUUCGGGACCAUCCAGGGCAUCCUGACGCCCAUUGUUGACACCUUCAAAGUGCGCAAGGAAUACCUCACAGUUGGUUGCUGUGUACUUGCCUUCGGCAUUGGUUUAAUCUUUGUCCAGCGCUCUGGAAACUACUUUGUAGCCAUGUUUGAUGACUAUUCUGCUACUCUGCCUCUCCUCAUCGUGGUUCUUCUGGAGAACAUAGCUGUUGCUUGGAUCUACGGUACAGAUAAGUUCUUUGAGGAUUUAAAGGACAUGCUUGGGUUCACUCCAUAUCGCUUUUAUUACUACAUGUGGAAGUUUGUGACACCGGUUCUGCUAAUAGGGCUUCUGGUCACAAGCAUCAUCCAGCUGGGUCUGUCUCCACCCAGCUACAGUGCAUGGAACCAGCAAAUGGCUCAAGAACAAUCUCUCAGCUACCCUCCCUGGGGCCUGGCUGUGUGCAUCUCGCUGGUGGUCUUCGCCAUUCUCCCCGUACCCGUGGUUUUUAUUCUGCGCUGUCUGAACAUAAUUGACGAGAACGCAGGAGGCCUGUCCACCGUCUCCUAUAAGAAGGGUCGCAUUAUUAAAGAGACGACAUGUCUAACCAGAGAGGACGAGGAAGGAGAUGACGCUAGUCUUCUCCAAGCAAAGACGCAGAGUGAAGCUCCCUCACCCAUGCCAUCCAACUACCGCAAGCAGAGCAGCCCUCCAUCCAACGCAGACAUCAUGCUCAACGGUAACUGUGGCACUGGAUACGUAAUGCCCAAUAUCACAGACAUUCCGGACAUGCCCGAAUCUGAUUUGUGAAACUUUCCAGCUUUGUGCUGUGUGGACCAGUCCCGUUUAAUUUGUCAUGUGAGGCUGAACGUUCAAUUUUGUGCACGUUUCUCACCAUUUCAUCUUUUCAGCUGAAACCAACCAUCUUAUUAACCAAUCAAAAUCAAGCUCCCUUCCUUGUCUGUCCAGUGGUCUCAUUCCAAUCCCCACCCACUUUUGAACCUUCUUUUCUUACAGCCAUCUUUAUCUUCAUAGGUCAUUGACAGAUACUGGUCCAGAAAGUUGUAUUAUAUCUGUAUCUAGAACUCACGCACCCUGUCCCAGUUCCCCAACUGUCGGCACGCACUUAACAGUCUCUGUAUGUCUGUAGGGGUCCCAGAUCCCUGGUUUAUGCUCUACUGUAGAAUGGCUAUUUGUACAUAAAUAUUAUUUUGCAGGGCAGUUGAUGUCCAACAAAAAACGAGAUUAGUAGCAGUUAAGCAGCUUCGGAGAAGUCUAGAAUGUAACGUGCGUGUGAGACAUGGACAACAUGCAGUACUUUUCUUUUGGAUGUUAAUCAUUGCGUGUCAGCGUAUGGAUUGCAUUGAAAAAACGACCCUAAUCCAUUAUUUUAAACGGCGUGCCUAUUGAAUUCUCACAUGUUAGGACAUUAAAUAAAUGUUGUACAUUUAAGAAUUUCUGUAAAUUAUGAACAAAUUGGAAUAUAGUUUUGGUACGAAGUGCUUAAAAUCCAGAUCGCUGACUUUUAUGUUUGUAUGUCUGCUUAUGUGCUAUCAUUGUUAUAUCAUGGGAAAGAGUUGUUUCUUUCCUCCCUCUUCCUGUAAAUAUUUUUUUCCAUGAAUUUGCUCAAUUACACAGUAUUUC